UACAACCUGCACACGUACGUUUUGUGUGAUGUGUCAACUGUGUUUGUAGCUAGUGAAGUAACAAUGUUGACGAAGUUCGAAACUAAAUCAGCUCGUGUGAAAGGCCUGUCAUUUCACCCGAAGAGACCAUGGGUCCUCGCAAGCUUACACAGUGGCGUUAUUCAGUUGUGGGAUUAUCGUAUGUGCACGCUGCUGGACAAGUUCGAUGAACACGACGGACCGGUAAGAGGUAUAUGCUUCCAUAACCAACAACCGCUCUUCGUAUCCGGAGGUGAUGACUACAAGAUUAAAGUAUGGAAUUACAAACAGCGACGUUGCAUAUUUACAUUACUAGGGCAUUUGGAUUACAUCCGUACAACUUUUUUCCACCACGAAUAUCCAUGGAUAUUAAGUGCUUCCGACGACCAGACAAUACGUAUAUGGAAUUGGCAAAGCCGUACAUGUAUCUGUGUUCUAACUGGUCACAAUCAUUAUGUGAUGUGUGCCCAGUUUCACCCUUCUGAAGAUACGGUGGUGUCUGCUUCCCUGGAUCAAACAGUCAGAGUGUGGGACAUAUCAGGAUUAAGGAAGAAAAACGUUGCUCCUGGACCAGGAGGACUGGACGAGCAUUUGAAGAAUCCGGCUGCAACUGACCUAUUUGGGCAGGCUGAUGCUGUGGUUAAGCAUGUUUUAGAAGGCCAUGAUCGUGGUGUCAACUGGGCUGCAUUCCACCCCACAGUGCCGCUAAUUAUCUCCGGGGCUGACGACCGCCAGAUCAAGCUUUGGCGCACCAACGAUGCAAAAGCAUGGGAAGUAGAUACAUGCCGCGGUCAUUACAAUAAUGUGUCAUGCGUACUGUUUCACCCCCGUCAGGAAUUGAUACUUUCAAAUUCCGAGGACAAGAGCAUCCGCGUUUGGGAUGUCACAAAGCGAACAUGCUUGCACACUUUCCGCCGAGAACAUGAGCGGUUCUGGGUGCUGGCUGCACAUCCAUCACUGAAUCUUUUUGCUGCAGGACAUGACUCUGGCAUGAUAAUUUUUAAAUUAGAGCGUGAACGUCCAGCGUACGCUGUCCAUGGAAAUGUGCUCUUCUAUGUUAAAGAUCGUUAUCUGCGCAAACUUGAAUUCACUAGCACCAAAGAUGUAGCAGUAAUGCACAUGAGAGGUGGAACCCGUGCACCAGUCCACAGCAUGUCUUACAAUCCUGCAGAGAAUGCUAUACUGUUGUGUACUCGCAGUGCAAGUGUUGAUAAUUGCACAUAUGAAUUGUAUACGAUACCCAAAGAAACUGACAAUCAAAACCCUGAUUCACCAGAUGGUAAAAGAUCUUCAGGUGUCACUGCAAUAUGGGUUGCAAGGAACAGAUUUGCUGUGUUGGACAGAACACAUUCACUUCUUAUCAAAAAUCUGAAAAAUGAAGUAACGAAGAAGAUUCAGACCCCAAACUGUGAUGAAAUAUUCUAUGCUGGAACAGGCAUGCUGUUGCUUAGUGAUGCAGAUGGGGUGACAUUAUUUGAUGUGCAGCAGAAAAGAACACUAGCACAGGUAAAAAUAAGCAAAUGUCGUUAUGUUGUAUGGUCAGUGGAUAUGACUCAUGUUGCCUUGCUUGCAAAACAUACUGUCAAUAUAUGCAACCGCAAAUUGAAAUCAUUGUGCUCUAUUCAUGAGACAGCACGUGUGAAGUCUGGGGCAUGGGACGACAGUGGUGUUUUUAUUUAUACUACAAGCAAUCACAUUAAGUAUGCCAUAUCAAAUGGGGAUUAUGGAAUAAUACGUACAUUGGAUCUCCCUAUCUAUAUAACUAGAGUGAAAGGUAAUCAAGUAUUCUGCCUUGAUCGAGAGUGCAAACCACGUGUUUUGAGCAUUGACCCAACAGAGUUUAAAUUCAAGCUUGCGCUGAUUAAUCGCAGAUAUGAGGAAGUGCUUCACAUGGUUAGAAAUGCCCGUCUUGUUGGUCAGUCAAUCAUUGCCUACCUUCAACAGAAGGGAUACCCGGAGGUUGCUUUACAUUUUGUAAAAGAGGAGAAAACUAGAUUUGGCCUAGCUUUGGAAUGUGGCAACAUUGAAGUUGCACUGGAAGCAGCACGAGCUUUAGAUGAUAAAGCUUGCUGGGAUAAAUUGGGACAGGCUGCACUAAUGCAAGGUAAUCACCAAGUGGUUGAAAUGUGCUACCAGAGAACUAAAAACUUUGAUAAACUUUCAUUUUUGUAUUUAAUUACCGGAAAUCUUGAAAAACUUCGCAAAAUGACAAAGAUUGCUGAAAUACGGAAAGAUUAUUCUGGCCAAUAUCAAGGAGCUUUGGUGCUGGGAAAUAUUGCAGAGAGAAUACAAAUAUUAAAGACAUGUGGGCAAAAAACUCUAGCAUAUCUAACAGCAGCAACACAUGGAUUUACUGCAGCAGCUGAAGCUUUGGCGACUGAAUUUGAUCCAGAGAAAGAACAAAUACCAGAUGUCUUACCAAAUGCAACUUUUCUCAAACCACCAGUACCAAUUCUACAAGCUGAAACUAAUUGGCCACUUCUCACAAUUUCAAGAGGGUUCUUUGAUGGGACAGCUCUUUCACGUGGAAAGACUGUCUCUGCUGUGGUAAUGCAAGAUGCAGCAGAAGAACCUGUGCAUGCAGGUGGUUGGGGUGCUGAUGCUGAAUUGGGCUGGGAAGAAGAGGAGGAAGGUGCAGGUGGUGAAACUGAUGUAAAGGGACCAACAGCCACAGAGGGUGGUGGAUGGGAUGUUGGUGAUGACGAUUUGGAACUACCGCCUGAACUUGAAGAAACUGGUCCAUCUGGUGGAGAAGGCUAUUUUGCUACACCUCACAGGGGACUUGCUCCACCUCAGCAUUGGUUGAACAAUUCUAGUUUGCCAAUGGACCAUUUGCUCGCAGGAAACUUUGAGUCUCUUUGUAGACUCUUAUUCGAUCAGGCUGCAAUUGUAGUCUUUGAACCCAUCAAGUACUGGGUGAUGAAGUCCUACGCUUGUCGACGUACAUCAUAUGCUGCAUUGCCAUCUCUGCAGUCUCUCAGUGCUUACCCACAACGUAACUGGAAGGAUGCGGGACCCAGAAAUGGGCUUCCAGCAAUAGGCCUCAAACUUAGUACUCUCGUAUCUGCACUGCAAAUGAGCUACCAACUUGUCACCCUGGGAAAAUUUACAGAUGCUAUACAGAAGAUGCGAUCCAUCAUAUGGAGGGUCCCACUGCUGGUUGUUGACACUAAGCAAGAAGUGGCUGAAGCUGAUCAGCUUUUAGAGAUAUGUAAAGAAUAUAUUACUGGAAUGCUCAUGGAACUAGAACGUAAAGAACACCCAAAGGAAACAUUUGAACAGCAGAAGAGGGUUUGUGAAAUGGCUGCGUACUUCACUCACUGCAACCUUCAACCUGUUCACCAGAUUUUGACCCUCCGUACAGCAUUGAAUUUGUUUUUCCGUCUCAAAAACUACAAGACAGCUGCAUCUUUUGCUCGACGUCUCCUUGAGUUGGGUCCAAGGCCUGAAGUGGCUCAGCAAGCAAGGAAAAUAUUACAAGCAUGUGAUAAAAAUCCUGUCGAUGAACACCAACUGGUGUAUGAUGAACACAACCCGUUUUCGCUCUGUGCACGCACAUUCCAGCCAGUAUAUCGUGGGAAACCUGAAGUUCGAUGCCCACUCUGCCAAGCAACGUUUAUGCCACAAUUCAAGGGCACUAUAUGCACUGUGUGUACUAUUUCAAAGGUUGGUCACAGUGCCAGUGGUCUAAGAAUAUGCCUCAGUCGGCGUUGACUGUAAUUUUGUCAACUGUUAUGAGUUGGUUGAUAUUAUUUUGUAUUGGUACACCUCUGUUGGGGUGUGUGUGUGUCAUUUUGAUGAAAGCCAUGAAGAAGUAAAUGUUUGUAUCUCAUCUGAACACUAGCUGCCGGAGUGUGUCACCACAGUUAAUUAGAGGCACUAUGUUCUUAUGCUGCCAUAAUAGCCUCACCAGCUGUCACUGACCUUGUUUUCUUUUUAUCUGAUGUUGUUGUUCUCUUGUAAGGGGGACUAAAAUUUAUUGUGACCUAUCUUUGCUACAUUUUGAAGUUGUUACUUAUUGUCAUAUCUAUGUAUGUAUAUUUCAUUUAUAGAAAUUAUGUUAGUAAUGAUAUAGUAUAUUGUUCACUGUUAUUAUGCUCACAAUAUCAUUCUUGUCACUACCAGUCAGUUUAUUUUCCACGUCUGUAUUCAAAUGCUACCUUCUUGUCAUGAUGACAUCAUAAAAUUAUUUCAGCAAGAACAUCAGUCUGUGUAGUCAAAUCAAAAUAUGUAACUGUUUGUGCACCAAAAGAUACUUUGUAAAUUUUUCAAUGCUGCGUGUCACAAUAAACUUCUGAAAUCUAGUGAUUCGUUAAGAGAAUAAAAUGUUAUAAAAUAAACACAAAUGUAAUAUAAUGUGAACAACUUUGUGAAUACUUCAAAAUAUCAUCUUAUUGUCACAAGUGUGGAACUUUUUGCAAAUUAUGUUGCCAUUAUAUUUCCAGUGGAAAAACUGUGACUUCAGGAAGUGACUAAUGUGAAUGUCUGAUGAGUGAAUAUGAGUCAGGUGUACAAAACAUUUCAGUUUCCAUGAAUAUUUCAUAUCAGUAUUUAUUCUGUAUGCUACUUUAGUUUCAUAAAUGGAUAAGAAUGAACAUUUUUAUAACAUACUCUGCCAAUAAACAAUUAUUUUACA